AUGUCACGCGCUCAAGCUUCAAAGCACUACGCCCGCAUCCUUUCACAAUGGCCUGUCGACCGCCUGCGCCCCGAGAUCUCAUUCCAAUCAGUCCUGAAGAAGCGCCUUGAAGCCGGCCCCGUCGCACAGUUCAAUGAGGCCAACACUGCUCGCGCACAACCUCCCAAGCCGAGGAAUGAGGCCCGCGAGAUCAAUGCCCUGUACUCGCUGCUCGAGAACAGAUACUCGACUGCUGUAUGGAGAACAUUCUUCAAUCACAUCUCAAGACUGUUACCUAACACAUAUACAGNNUACCCUCUGUCCAAUGCCAUGAUGCAUCCUGCCUCAGCACCUGGCCACUACACAACCCUCGUCAAGGAGCUCGACGAAGUUCCUGAUCGCACUUUCUUCCAGAGAGUCGCCAGCCGAUUCAAGGGCAUGAUCCGUCUGUCCUAG